AUGAAUUUUUUUGAAAGUUCUGAUUUAAAGAAUAAUUUAUUUGAGUAUAGCAAAGAAAUAACAAAUGAAGAUGAAAACGAUGAAUUUGUAUGUGACUACAUAAAUAACAAUAUAAAAAGUAUUGAAGAUGUUGAUGCCCAUUUAGAAAAAAUGAGUAACGAAAUAGUUGAACUGGAUAAGGUUAUCAACGAAAAAGUAGAGAAACACAUUUUAAGAAAAAAUGAAUAUGAAAGUAAGCUAAAUAACAUAAAAGAAAAAAUAAAAUUAAUAAAUAAAAAAAUGGAUGAUGUAGAUAAGAAAACAGAAGAAAGUGAAGAUAUACUGAUAAAGUUAUGUAAAGAUAUAAAAAAGUUAGAUAUAGGAAAAAAAAAUGUUACUGAAACUAUUAUAAUAUUAAAAAGAAUUGUAAUGGUUAUUACUGCUAUAAGUAAUUUAAAAAAAAAAGCAUUAAAAAGAAAUUAUAAAGAUUGUAUAUCUUUAAUAUCUGUCAUUAAAGAAAUGUUAAUUCACAUUUCAAAUUUAAAAACUAAUAAUAAAUUAAAUGAUUUAUAUAAUGAUACAAAUACCUUAUUUAAUGAUUUAAAAAAUCAAAUAAAUGAAGAUAUUGAUCUUAUAUAUGAUUGUGAUGUACACAUAGAAAAAAAUGUCAUUGUUGUAAAUGAAUUAAAUGAUAAUAAAAUUUAUAUUAACUUAUUUGAUGCUUGCAAUUGUUUAUACUAUUUAAAUUCUAGUUUUACAACAAAUAUAGUAAAAAAAUUCACCAAUUUUUUUUUAGAAAAAUAUGUAUUGAUUUUUGAAAAUCAAGCAAAUACUUUAGAAAGCAUUGAUAGAAGAAUAGCUUGGAUAAAGCGUUCUUUAAAUAAUUAUGAAAAUACAUAUUCUCAUAUUUUUCCAAAAAAUUAUAAUAUCCCUUUUAAUAUUGUAAAUAAAUUCUGUUCAAUUACAAAAAAACACAUUGUUAAAAUACUUUCUUCUUCUAUUGAAGAAAUUAAUCCAGUUUUAUUAAUACAAACAGUUAUAAAAGUUAUAAAAUUUGAGAAUUUUUUAACAAAAAAUGUAAAAUUUUAUAAAGAGGAUAAUCAUAUAUCUUAUGAUAGCUACUCUUCUUUAGAUUUUCCCUUUCCAGAAUUGAUAAUUCAAAAAGAUUUGAACCAUUCGGAGAAUGAAAAAAUUUCAAAUGAUAAUAUAAAAGAAGAAAACAUUAAUGGUUACAAAAAUUCAGAUAAUAAAAAUGAAACAUAUUCAAUAAAAAAUGUAAAAAAUGAUAUUAUUUCAAAGGAAGAUCCAUGUAAUAAAGAAGAAAACAUUAGUGAUAAAUGUAAAGAAAUGCCAAAUAAUAAAGAAUUUAAUUGUAUUACUGAAAAUGUUGGUGAUAAUAAAAGUAGUAAUAAUAUCGGAAAUAAUAUUAGUGAUAAUAAUAAUAAUAAUAAUGAGUUUGAAGAAAAUUAUUUCAAAGAAAAAAAUAGGAAUAAUGAUUACAUUAAUAUUUCUAUAUCAAAUAAAGAAAUGGAACAUAAUUUUAAAGGUGUUAUUUCAUGUGUAUUUGAUAGCUAUUUGUGUAAUUGGUUAAAAUAUGAAGAAAAAAAAAUUUUAGCUAAAUUUGAAAGUGUAAUAAAUGAAAAUGAAGGGGACGAUAGUUUAGAUAACUUAAGAAAUAAUGAAGCAAAACAACCACAUUUUCCAAAUGACACAUUUGAUGAUGUAAAGAAUUUAAUAAAUAAAAAUGAAUUUAUGCUUGAAAUGGAUUUCGAAAUCAUAGAAAAACAUACGGUUUAUAAAUCUGCUUAUAAAUUAUUCUAUUUAUAUAAAAGUUAUGUUAACAUGAUAUUAUUAUUUAGCAAUUGCCAGACUUUAUAUGAUUUUAUUAUGUUUUUUAAAACAUUGUUAUUAAAAUACGGCAAUGUGUUGAAUAAAAGAAUAAUAAUAAAAAUCAAAGAAGAAAAUAAAAUUCAAAAUUUUAAAUUAUUAUCUAUUUUAAUUAAUACAAGUUAUUAUGUCGAACAAACUAUUAAUGAGGCUUAUGAAAAUAUAAUUAAAGAUAUUGAUUCAAUUUUUUCUGAUAAAAUUUCUUUUAAAGAAGAAGAAAAAGUAUUUUUAAAUAUAAAAACUAAAUGUAUAAAAGUAAUAAUUACAUAUAUGGAAGAAAAAAUGAACACUAUCCUUUCUAACAAUUGUGUAGUAAACAUAUUUGAUAUAAAUAAAAUUCAAGAAAGAUCAUUUUAUAUAUCAAAUAUAGAAGCUUUUCUUCGUAAUCAUUUUGCACUUUUUAAAAAAAUAUUUAACGAGACUUAUUUAACAUAUUUAUUAGAAAAAAUAACUACUCUCAUUAUUCAACGGUUUUAUCAAAUUAUAUUUUCUCUUAAAUAUAUGACUAAUAUAACAGCACAACAAUUGCUGUUAGACUGUUAUGAAAUUCAAAAAGUUUUAUUUCAAAUCCCUAAAAUAUUAAACAAUGAAAAAAAAGAAAAUAUCUAUGUGGAAAAUAGUAUAGAAAAUAAAAAGGGAGAACAAAAUAAAAAAGAAUUUUCUUUAACAGAGGAAGAAAAUAUAACAGAUGUAGAUGAGUUUAUUAUACCUAAAACUUAUUUUAAUUACAUUAAAAAUCAAAUGAAUAAAAUAGAAUUUUUAAUAAAAAUAUUUUUAUCUAAUAUUUAUGAUAUGGAUUCUUUUAAUUUAUUACUUACAGAAAAUAACAAUAUAUGUACUAUGGAGGAAAUAGAAAAAAUAUUAUCUUUAAAAGAAAAAAAAAGUGAAAAUAUAGGAAAUCAAUUAAAUUUUAAUAAUAAUUAUGUAUAUGAUAUUAAGAAAAAAGGUAUAAAAGCAGCUGAAGAAGUGAAAUUUUUUUUUAAUAAAAUAACUAGCACAUAA